CCCCUCGCAGCCGUUGUGUGUUAGUGCAAGGAGUCAAAGCUGCUUCUCUCGCCAAGGUAGAGAAGAGUCACCUCCGCUUCACGUGUAGGUUCGGCUCCGUGUGACUGCCAGAAACGGCGAGAGUAGAAGGAGCACCACAUGGCAGAAAACGACGAUAUCCUUGCCAAGUUCAAGGCGGCUGGCGUCCCUGGCAGCCUCGAGGACUUCAGGGGCAAGAACGUCUGCUUCCACGUAAGCAAAGCAAAGCAGCCGCUGUGCACUGCACUGACAGGCAAAUGCGCACACACGCUUGUUGUCCUUGGUCUUUCGUCCAGGGCUCAGAGGUCAUCCACGUGGUGAGAAAAGAGCAGAGCACGGCGCCCCGCAGAGCGGCAACAUCUGUCGGUCUGUCUGUCUGUCUGUCUGUGGUUGUGUAUGCGUGCAGGCUGCAGAGGGCAAGUGCUAUCGUCGGAUCAUUGAGGACAAGAAAGAGCUCAUGACGGUGGUGGUCAAGGCCUGCAACCGACUCACCAUGUUCAUGGACAAAUUCCGCAUCAAGCCGGUGGGGAAGCGAGUCGAGUCAACCCAUUCUUCAACACACACACAGAGCCAACCUUUCGACUAUAUAUGUAUGAUGCCUUCGUGUGCAGUCGGUCGUGUUUGAGAGCGAGUUUGAGAAGCCAGGCACCCGCGAUGUCUGCUCAGUGUCCACGCGCUGCCGCGGGAACGGUGCCGUGUUCGCUGCACAGCUGGCCAUCGCGGAGCACAUCAUGAAGGUACCACACACAGAUGGCACGCACACACACAGAGAGAGAGAGAGACGCAUUGGUGUGUGUGUGUGUGUGUGUGCGUGUGUAUGUAUGCGUUGCCGUGUUGCAGUCGUUGGACGCCCUGAGGAUCCCCCACAUGAAGGCAGGGGGGACUGCCAGCCAUCAGUGCUGCUACAUUGCGGUCGGUUCGGUGGGCGAUGCAUGACACAUCAAUCAGCGCACCUGAUGGACGGAUGGAUGGAUAGAUGUGGGCAUGCGUGUGUGUCGAUAUCUGCAGGAGAGUGCAUCUUACCCCGUUCGCGCAUCUCUGGUGGUCGGCAGGCACUACGACCUCUGUUACCUGUGCCCCCAGGUGUCAAGCAAGAGCACACAGACAGACGAGUACACAGCCCCUGUUGCUUUGCUGCCUCCGUGUGUGCGCCAAAAGGUCAUGUUGGACCUUGGUGACGACGGCAGGGGCCUGCUGGUGGAGCGCGGGAGGCUUCUGCAGCACAUGGGGCUCGACAACCAAGGUCAGACAGAUGCAACACACACAAACACACAGUGUGGCUGAGUGCCCUUUUUGCCUGUAUGUGUGGACCACACACAGAUGCGUUGAGUUUGGUGGUGGCCGCUGCAGAGGCGCCGCCGCGCAAGUCCAACCUGACGAGUGCCCAGCUGCUGGACAUCGUCACGCCCAUCGCCAGACAGCUGACGGAGGCACAGAAGGCGCCUGCGUCAUCGGCACACGAGGAGUGGAUACUCCGCGAGCGGAGAGGGCCCGACAUGUGCAUCGUCGACAAGGAGGGAUCGGUCAGCUAACCACACGGCCGCUCUACAAAUCCAAUGCAUAUGGCGUCUGUCCUCUGUGUGUGUGUGUGUGUGUGUCGUGUGUGUGUGUCCUUGCCCGCCUCCCUACCUCCCUCUCUGCUUAUGGACAGGUCAAGGCUGCUCUGACUGCACGUGGGUAUAAGGGUUUCAAUGACCAGUGGGUGCGAGGGCUGGUCGUACGCACACUCUUUGCGGCUCAUGCCGCUGUCAGGCGCAUCUGAAGCGACAGAUAGACUCACAGGGGGACGCAUCGGCACCGGGGGGUGAGACGAACCGGCCCGUUGAGGCGUAGUUUACAUAGCUCCUGGCGAGUUUAGAAAGGAAUUGGAUGAACAGCUUUUUCUGUGGGUACUCGUUUACUGGUCACUGCAUGACUCUCAGGCUGCAUGCCCACUGCUCAUGCGCACGAAGGUAUUUGUUCUAGUCUCUCUCUCUCUCUCUCUCUCUCUGUGUGUGUGUGUGUGUGGAUGGACAGAAGGUGACUGUACGAGUGCAUGUCUGUGGCAGCUGGCUGGCUAUGUGUUGGGAGACAGGUACGGAUGUGUGUAUGUGUGUGUGUGUAUGCAAGGUGUUCAUUGCUGUCUUUCAUUUCAUGCUUCUGACCGACAAGACGAACAGACAGCAAGUCUGGGUGGGGGGAUGGAUGAGUGGAUGGAAGUGUGCGGCUCAUCCACCGGCCGCGACUGCGUACACUCUAGAUGAGUCAGGCACUUCGAUAAAGCGUAAAGCUC